AGCGCUGGUGAUCGCUGGAGGAUUGAAGACUGCAGAGUGAGAGGUUGUCCUGCUGUUCUCUACGUCCAUUCAUACAGACACCAGCAUGAAGGAUCCACAGCUACCAGGUAGCAAAACACUAAAUGUCUGGGCGAAGCGACAUGGGAAAAAAGGAAAGAAUGAGCCGGCGGCCCAACCUGCCCAGAAGGAAGCAGAAACACGCAAGGCUCCAGCACUGACGCCUGAACAACGAGCGAAGCAGACGGCCUUCGAGAGGGUCCUGUAUGACAUGUCCCACAAUGACCAGGUCAUCAGUGACAUAAUGCUGGGCCGCAGGAUUGCUUUCUAUGAUCUCAGAGGAGAAAUAGGGACUGGAAAUUUCUCCCAGGUCAAACUGGGCGUUCACGCUUUGACUAAAGAGCGUGUUGCAGUAAAGAUCCUCAAUAAGGCGCGUCUCGACAAGAAGUCGCAGAAUCUAUUUGCCUCAGAGAUCAUCUGCAUGGAAAAACUCUCCCAUCCGAACAUUGUGCGUCUGUAUGAGGUGCUUGAGACCAGUAAGCAUUUGUACCUCGCAAUGGAGUACGGCAGCGGAGGAGACCUGUUCUCACGCAUCACCGGCAGAGGGCGCCUGUCAGACCUGGAAAGCAAGCUCCUCUUUGCCCAGAUCAUCUCAGCCAUCAAAUACAUGCAUGAAAACAACAUCGUCCAUCGCGACCUGAAAGCAGAAAAUAUUUUUUACACCACAUGCUACUGCAUCAAAGUGGGUGACUUUGGUUUCAGUGUUGUCAGUGAGCCGACCGAAACUCUGAGCACGUUUUGUGGCUCCCCGCCGUAUGCGGCCCCUGAGCUGUUCAGAGACAAAAGCUACGUGGGCCGUUAUGUAGACAUCUGGGCACUGGGCGUCCUACUCUACUUUAUGGUGACCGCCACCAUGCCUUUCUACGCCAACAACUUAGGCCGACUGAAACGCUGCAUCCUGCAGGGGGCGUACAGCAUCCCGCCCUACGUCCCUGAGCCCUGCCAACUGGCCAUCAAAGGCAUGCUGAGACCCGUACCUGUGGACCGGACCACUGUGUCACAGCUGAUAGUAUGCUCCUGGCUGAGGGGCAUCGAAUACCCCAAACCCUAUCCUGCUUUCAGCGCGACGCCCAAUUACCUGGCUGACCCUGUGGAGAGUCUGUGUGUGGAGGAACAGGAAGUGAAGUCGGCCCUGAGCGAGCUGGGCAUCAGUGGCACGCACCUGCAGAAUAACACCUGCUCUGACUGUCGCAGCCCAAUAACAGGAAUUUAUCGUAUCCUGCUGCACCGCAUCCAGAAGAGGAGAUCUGUGGAAGCGGUAGGAUAUUCCGCCCUGUACCCGGAAGAUUUUGGUACCAAGAAAUACUGGGCCAACAACGCAACUGCUACGCACAAUCCUUCUGCAGUGUGUAACGUCUUAUGAAGACCUCCUUUUAAUGGUUCAUGGGUGGAUAAUGUGUUUGAUGCCAUGCUUCAGGAAGUAAUGAAUUUACACGUAUGAAAUUGUGCUGUUUUUUGCGAUUAAUUACAAAUCCCAGCAUCCCAGAAUCGAUCCCAAGAUCAGUCUUUUACAUUUAAUCAUAUUUUUGUAAUAUACCAAAUUAAAAGGUUUCCUUUAUUUGGUGCUUAUCUGCUGCUGAAUCUAGUACUGUAUGGGAUUUAAUGACAGCGCGACAAGUGUAGCCCGCUUGCUGAAAUGAAUGACUCUUACGAGUCGGUUCAUAAUAGCGAAUCAAAAACCUACAGCACAACAAGUGAAGCCUGAUUCCCAAAACGAGUGACUCUUGAUGAGUCGGUUCUUUUUAAUGAACCUAAAUGCAGUGCAACAAGUGUAGCCUGAUUCCCAAAACUGCUCUUACAAGACGGUUCUUUUUAAUGAACCUAAAUACAGUGCAUCAAGUGU